AUUGGGCUUCAACUCCCGACCGAGGAGGCGGAGUCUUAACUUAUUAAAAGGAACUUGCUGAGGCUUGGACGCCCGCAAAUAUGAUGAUGAUGUCUCUGAACAGCAAGCAGCAUUUUGCUAUGGCCCACACCAGCUUGCCCGAACCCAAGUAUUCGUUGCAUUCCUCCUCAUCCUCCACUUUGACUUCCAAUGCACCUUCAUCCUCCUGCUCGUCCUCCCGACACAGCAGCACCAUCAUCAGCAGCAGCAGCAGCAGCGGCAGCAGCUCGGAGGCGAUGCGCCGAGCCUGUCUCCCAACCCCACCGAGCAAUAUAUUCGGAGGCUUGGAUGAGAGUUUGUUGGCCCGGGCUGAAGCUCUAGCGGCGGUGGAUAUAGUCUCGCAGACCAAGAGCCACCACCACCCUCCACAUCACAGUCCCUUCAAGCCGGACGCAACCUACCACACCAUGAACACUCUCCCCUGCACCUCGUCUUCCUCCUCCUCCUCCUCGGUGCCUAUUUCUCAUCCGUCCGCCUUGGCUGGCCACCACCAUCACCACCACCAUCACCACCACCACCAGCCUCACCAGGCACUGGAGGGGGACCUGCUGGACCACAUCACGCCGGGACUGGCACUAGGAGCCAUGGCAGGACCGGAUGGCUCGGUGGUUUCCACGCCUGCGCACCCUGCCCACAUGGCGGGCAUGAACCACAUGCACCAGGCAGCCAUCAACAUGGCUCAUGCCCACGGGCUACCACCGCACAUGGGCAUGAACGACGUGGACGCCGAUCCAAGGGACUUGGAAGCCUUCGCAGAGAGGUUUAAGCAGAGACGGAUCAAACUCGGGGUUACCCAGGCGGAUGUAGGGUCAGCUUUAGCCAGCCUGAAGAUUCCUGGGGUGGGCUCCCUCAGCCAAAGCACCAUCUGCCGAUUCGAGUCCCUCACGCUCUCUCACAACAACAUGAUUGCUUUGAAGCCCAUUCUGCAAGCGUGGCUAGAAGAAGCCGAGAAAUCACACAGGGAGAAACUUAAUAAACCCGAGUUGUUCAACGGCGCGGAGAAAAAGAGGAAGCGCACGUCGAUAGCCGCGCCGGAGAAGAGAUCACUGGAGGCCUAUUUUGCCAUUCAGCCGCGUCCCUCCUCGGAGAAAAUCGCAGCAAUCGCAGAAAAGCUGGACCUCAAAAAGAACGUGGUGCGGGUCUGGUUUUGCAACCAGCGACAGAAACAGAAACGAAUGAAAUACUCUGCAUGCGUCUAA